ACAGGUGGUCAAAAUUUAUAUAUGGAAAACCAGCUUCUGUCCCCAGUCCGCUAUAAACAAUUUAGCUUUUUUGUUUCUUUUCCAGUCCUUUCUUACUCCUCUUUUAGAAAUGUAACACCAGAAUCAAGUUCCUUCCUGGGAUGAAAACCUGUGAGUUCAUCAGCCAAGAUGGAGUUUCAAUUUUGGUCUGAUUUGGUCUCUUUCUGGGAAAAGUUGAAUGUCUGGAUGCUCUUGGUGGUUCUGGUGAUAUGUCUUUUGGUUAUUGACCUGGUGAGAAAGAGACGACCCAGGAAUUUCCCUCCAGGGCCUCAGCUCUUUCCUCUUGUGGGAACCUUUGUGGACUUCAAGCAGCCCCUCCAUCUCGCAUUGCAGAAGCUCACGGGUCGGUACGGGAACAUCUUCAGCGUGCAGUUUGGAAAUCUGACAUUCGUGGUUGUCAACGGGUACCAGAUGGUGAGAGAAGCUCUCGUCCACCAGGCUGAAAUAUUCGCUGACCGGCCAAAUAUUCCGCUCCUCCAAGAAAUAUUUAGAGGCUUUGGGCUCAUAUCAUCMAACGGGCACAUAUGGAGGCAGCAGAGGAAGUUUGCUUUAGCAACACUGAAAAGCCUUGCUGUAAAUUUUGAGGACAAAGUGCAAGAGGAGAGUCGGUACCUCGUGGAGACGAUUGGGGAGGAAAAAGGACAACCAUUUGACCCCCAUUACAAAAUCAAUGGUGCUGUUUCGAACAUCAUCUGUUCCAUAACUUUUGGGAACCGCUUCGAGUACCAUGACAACCGUUUCCAGGAAUUGCUGCACUCCUUGGCUGAAACAUUGCUGCUCAUGGGAAGUUUCUGGGGCCAGCUGUACAAUUCUUUUCCUUUGAUCAUGAGAUGGUUGCCAGGACCCUUCAAGAAAAUCUUCAGGCACUGGGAAAAACUUCAAUAUUUUGUGAAAGGUGUGAUUGCAAAGCACAAGGAGGAUUUGGACCAGUCUGAGGCAGAAGAUUAUAUUAACUGUUACCUGAAGGAAAUAGAAAAGUAUAAGGGUGACACCAGCUCCCAUUUCCACGAGGAAAACCUGCUCUGCUCCACCUUGGACCUGUUCUUAACUGGGACUGAGACCACGGCGACYGCCAUCCGCUGGGCUCUGCUCUACAUGGCCGCGUACCCCCACAUUCAGGAGAAAGUGCAGCAGGAGAUCGACGCCGUGGUCGGGCAGUGGCGGCAACCCUCGAUGGCCGACAAGGAGAACAUGCCCUACACCAGCGCYGUGCUGAGCGAGGUCCUGCGCAUGGGCAACGUGGUGCCCCUGGGGGUGCCCCGUAUGGCCACCAGCGACACCACCCUGGCCGGCUUCCACCUGCCCAAAGGCACCACCCUGAUGACCAGCCUGACUUCCAUAAUGUUCGACAAAAACGUGUGGGAGACUCCAGACACCUUUAAUCCUGAGCAUUUCCUGGAAAACGGCCAGUACAGGAGGCGGGAGGCUUUUCUGCCCUUCUCUGCAGGCAAGAGGGCUUGUCCCGGGGAGCAGCUGGCCAGGACCGAGCUCUUUAUCUUCAUCGUAGCCCUGCUGCAGAAGUUCACCUUCCAGGCCCCGGCAGAAACCGAGUUGUCCUUCGCCUUCACGCUCAGCCUCACGCGCUGUCCCAAACCCUUCCAGCUCUGCGCUGUGCCCCCUCAGCCUGCCCUGACCUGCUGUGGGACACAUCCCUGCAGACCCCACCAUCCAGCCAUGCUGCACUUCCUCUGGGACAGCAUCUCCCUCCAGACAUUCCUCAUCUUUCUCUUCGUCUUCCUGCUCAUCGCUGACUACAUGAAGAACAGAAAUCCAAAGAAUUUCCCUCCCACCCCAUUCCGCCUUCCCUUUUUGGGGCACAUCUACCUUGUGGACUUCAAAGAUCCAGCGGUCACAGUGCAGAGGCUCAGUAAAAGAUAUGGUGACAUCUUCGGCCUGCACAUGGGUGGCAUGAAGUUUGUGAUGGUAAAUGGGAUGAGGCUGGUGAAGGAAGUGCUCGUAGAGCAAGGGGACAAGUUCAUGGACCGCCCUUACAUUCCCCUUGAUGAGGAGGUUUUCAACAAGAUCGGACUGAUCUCCUCCAGCGGGCACUUGUGGAAGGCACAGAGGAGGUUCACCCUGACCACGCUGCGGAACUUCGGCCUGGGGAAGAGGAGCCUGGAGGAGCGCAUCCAGGAGGAGUGCCGCUACCUGGCAGAUGCGUUCAGGGAYGAACAGGGGAAUCCUUUCAACCCUCAGCCCAAAGUCACUAAUGCUGUUUCAAAUGUCAUCUGCUCUCUCAUCUUUGGAAACCGGUUUGAAUACCACGAUGAGGACUUCCAAAGGYUGCUGAAGCUGAUGUACGACAUGACUGUCCUCCAUGGAGCCAUCACGAGCCAGCUGUACAACCAUUUCCCAUCUAUCAUGAAGCACUUACCUGGAGCCCACCAAACCAUUUUUAAAAACUGGAGGUUGCUGAAAAAAUAUAUGCAAGAGCAGAUCAAUAAACACAAGGAGGACUGGAACCCUUCGGAGCUCCGGGACUACAUCGACAGCUACCUGCUGGAGAUAUCCAAGGACAAGGACAGUGCCACCUUCCAAGAGGAACACCUCAUGGCCUGCACAUUCGACCUGAUKUUUGCUGGGACCGAGACCACCUCCKCGACCAUCCGCUGGGCUUUGCUGUUUAUGGCCACACAUCCAGAAAUUCAAGCCCGGGUUCAAGCUGAGAUUGAUGCUGUCAUCGGCCAGGCACGGCCCCCAGCCCUGGAGGACAGGAACAACCUGCACUACACCAACGCUGUCAUCCAUGAAGUGCAGAGGAAAGGCAACGUUGUCCCUUUCAACGUGCCGAGAAUGGCAUCGCAGGACGCCUACGUGGAUGGCUACUACAUCCCAAAGGGCACUGCUGUAAUGACAAACUUAACCUCUCUGCUGUUUGAUAAGAAUGAGUGGAAAACCCCUGAAGCUUUUAACCCCGAGCAUUUCCUGAAGGAUGGGAAGUUCUGGAAAAAUGACUAUUUUCUACCAUUUUCUAUGGGGAAGCGUGCCUGCCUGGGUGAGGUGCUGGCCCGUGCUGAGCUCUUCCUCUUCUUCACAACCCUGCUCCAGAAAUUCACCUUCCAGGUACCCCCAAACACCACGCUCAGCCUCCAGCCCAUAAUAGGCAUCGCAAUGGCCCCACAGCCCUACAAGAUCUGUGCUGUUCCUCGGUAGGGAAGCCUCGGUCAUCGUCCCCACAUGGAAAAUCCUUUGUCAGGGGUGCUGAAAACAAGACCUUGACAGCUCYGGGGGAGAGGCUGUGUGGUUUAUUUCUUUCAAAGCAAUUGCAAAAUCAUUUAUUUUACAAGUAGACCUUGCACUCUGUAUCCCAUGAUGAUUG